AUGAGCAAUUCAACUUCCCCGAACGCGGCAGCAACCGUGGGGAACAUUGCCUACUGCUACGUGCUGCCAUGUAUUUGUGUGAUAGGAAUCGUGGGAAAUAUCACGAAUUUAGUGGUCCUCGCUUCGCGACGACUACGAGCUGUUUCAUAUAUGUAUCUGAGAGCCCUGGCAGUCGCUGAUUUGCUCUGUAUGUUGUUUGUACUGGUUUUUGUCUCAACUGAAUAUAUGGCCAAAAAUGGAUCCACUAUCAAUCAAUACAAAAUUUAUCAAAUUUACCAGUGUCAUUUGAUGCUCACUCUUAUAAACUGGGCUCUUGGAGCUGGAGUCUAUGUGGUUGUGGCAUUGUCUCUGGAGAGAUACAUCUCGAUUGUUUUUCCAAUGCACUUCCGAACCUGGAAUAGCCCGCAACGAGCCACUCGAGCUAUCAUUAUUGCUUUUUUGAUCCCAGCCAUCUUCUAUAUCCCAUACGCUGUUACCAGAUAUAAGGGAAAACAACGAUGGGACCCGAUCCAAAAUGUUACAAUUUAUUCUAUGGAUGAUCACCCAAUCUACACCACUUUUUACUGGCAGAUCUAUAAGUGGACUCGCGAAGCCCUCCUUCGAUUCCUUCCAAUUAUCAUUUUGACGGUGUUAAAUCUUCAAAUUAUGUUUGCGUUUAGAAAAAGACAAAAGAUGUUCCAGCAGCUCACUAAGAGAAAGGAGCAGGGAACACAAAAGGAUGAUACUCUUAUGUACAUGUUGGGUGGUACUGUAUUGAUGUCUCUAGUUUGUAACAUUCCUGCAGCUAUCAAUUUGUUGCUCAUUGAUGAGACUUUGAAAAAACGGCUCGAUUAUCAAAUUUUCCGAGCUGUCGCCAAUCUUUUGGAAAUCACUAAUCACGCCUCUCAAUUCUACGUGUUCUGCGCAUGCUCCACCGACUACCGUACCACCUUCCUUCAAAAAUUCCCUUGUUUCAAGACGGACUACGCCAACCGAGACAGACUUCGGUCAUUCGUUCGCCGAACCCAAUCUGUGAUUCAGAAACAAGGAAGCGUAGAACACACUACAAAUUCAAAGGUUUGGAUAAUGUUCAAAAGCAAGUUUCAACGGGAUUCACUCUCGCACCACUCCCGAAAAUUCUCCCGCCACAUGCCCAUUGAACAAGACACCGUCGACAUUCAACUAGCUUCUGGAGAGCAGAGCACCAGUGGCGAGACGUGCGAAGCCGACACCCUUAUCAAGUAUGGCGGGUCGAUUCAGUUGUGCAAUGACGAGAACAACACCACGUUUCUGUGA